UUAUUACAUAUUUUCAGAUUUAUAUAAAAACUUUAAAAUGAAAAGUAGCAUGAAGUGUUUAGGUGUUUGUAGUUGACCAAUAAAUUUAGUAAGAUUUUAUAACAUCAAAUUAUAGCAUUAAAUAAUGUAAAAUGUCAGUUGCUACGCCCUUGUCGAUGCAUUUCAUUCUCAUGAGCAUACAGUGGUGUAAUGCAACAAGAGAAGUUGAAAUACGGGCCAUACAAGCGGCAACGUUGCACAGGGCGGUGAACAGAGCAUGAGCCUGUGUAAACUCUAAGAAUCGAGAAUGAGAGAGAGAGAGAGAGAGAGAGAGAGAGAGAGAGAGAGAGAGAGUUCUCGGAAGUUUUCGUUUGUGUGCGAUACGUAGGCUGCGUCAUUUCAACGUUAUGUACUGAGAAAAGUCCAUGAUACUCCGUCAUUCACGAAUCAUAACGGCAUUGUAAUCAUCUAACAAGUUUAAAGUUCUUUCCCCUUCCCUCUUUCUUAUCAAAUGCGGGUGGUUUGAAGACAUUUUUAACAAUAAUUCAAAUAAAAUGAUUAGCAUAAUUAAACACAGAGACUUGGGAAAUGAUACAAACUUGAAAUCUUCAGGAAAUGCACAUUUAACACCAUCAGUUUCUGUAACACCUGAUACAUGUCAUGAUGAAGCAGAUAAUGUUGAUUACCAUUUUGAAGCAGCAAGACUUCAGAGUUUUGAAAAUUGGCCUGUAACAUACAUUGAACCUGAAAAGCUUGCAGCUGCAGGAUUUUAUUAUACUGGUGAAAGUGACAAAGUAAAAUGUUUUGAAUGUCAAGUUGAGAUAUGUAAAUGGGUAGAAGGUGAUAUACCCAUGGUCGAUCAUCAGAGAUGGUCUGCAAGGUGUAGAUUUAUUCGUAAACUGAACUGUGGUAAUGUACCCAUUGGAGUAGAUCCUGAUACGGUGACACCACCAAGACCAAGAAGUAGAGAUGUAUGUAGUCCUUAUGGUUUAGAAUAUCGACCUACAUCUGGUCCCGAUGACCAUAAUUUUUCAAUGGAAUUACAACUAGCAAGCACAGCUAAACUUGGCUGUUUAGGUCUGGGAAGAACUAAGGGACCAGUACAUCCAGAAUAUGCUAGUUAUGAUGCUAGGUUACACACAUUUGUAACAUGGCCUAAAUCUAUGCCACAAACAAAAGAACAAUUAGCCGAUGCAGGCUUUUUUUAUACUGGGAAAGGUGACCAAACCCUGUGUUACCACUGUGGAGGUGGUUUAAAAGAUUGGGAACCAGAAGAUGAUCCUUGGGAACAACACGCAAAGUGGUUUUCUAAAUGCUGUUAUUUAUUAAUGGUGCAAGGGCAAGAUUAUAUUAGUAAAAUAACAGGCCAGCAUGUAUCUCCACCUUCUAAAGAAGAAACAAUGCAGAUGAAUCUACCCAGUUUUAUUAAGAAAGUACAACCUACAAGUGUAGAAGUAGAAAGAAAAGAAGAGACAGAAAGCAAUCCAGGAUCAAGUUCUCAAAAUAAUGAUAUUUGGGGUAUUGCAAGCAAUACAGAACCCAUAAAAAGAAGUCUUGAAUCCGAGCCAACAGAAAAUCCAUCAAAUAUAAAAACACAAAAUACCAAACCUACUGAUGAUGCAAGAAUGUGCAAAAUCUGUUAUAACGGAGAAUUAGGAGUGGUAUUUUUACCAUGUGGACAUAUGGUUGCUUGUGUAAAAUGUGCCCCUGGCAUGACAACUUGUGCAGUAUGUAGAGAACCUGUUACGAUGACUGUACGAGCUUUCAUCCCAUAGUAUUCCAUACAUAUUCAUAGUAUUACUACAAUUAUAGAUAAAAAUACAUUGCAUACAUGGAUGAUAUAUUUAUGGUAAUUCUGUCCUUCGAAUUUUACUUUUAAGUGUUUUUUCGAACCACCAGGAACAGCAUUAAAAUUAGCAUAAUACAACUAAGAAUAAAUCGAGUUGCAGGUGUGUUAGUUGACAAUCGACUGGGACUCGGAUUCGAACCUAUGGAUCUCUCGGUUACGAAUCCAAGCCCCAGCUAACCGAGCCAGCGCAGCUCUAUAGCAUUUGUAUACAUCCUGAUAAUGAAUAAUUUCGCCUUCUCGAAAUGCUUCUAUACAACUCGAAAAAACAAAAGAAAUCAAAUUGUAACGAAAAAAUGCGCCGGUUUCGAGAGCAAUAAAGCGAAAAAAGCAGAAGCCAAGUCGUCAUGAGUGUACGUUAGACUUUCUCAAUUCUUCACAUCAAUGUAUAUAGAAAUUCAUUUUUAACAUGUAUUACGAUUAAAAAAUAUUUAUCACUUAUUAUAGCAACUGUAAGUAUUUGGUAUAGGGGAUUAAAGGAUUAGAAAAUAUAAAAAUAGAAUAUGAAAUGCAUUACAAUCUUGCAUUUUUAUUAAAUUUCUGUAGUUAAAUAUUAAUUUUUUGAAGACAGUUAAAAGUAAAGUGCAAAGUGUGGAAUUAUUACAAAUAUAUUUCCUGUAUGUAACAGAUCUUUAUCUACAAUUGUUCCAUUCAUUUCCAUUGCAAUUUCUACUUCAUGCGUUAAAUAAAGUAAAUAAUUUAUGUGAACCUAAAAUAAUACAAUAAAAAUUAGCGUAUGUAAAAAACAAUUUCGGUAUUUAAAAAUACAACUACGAAUGAAAAGUACAAACACGUUUAUUAACAUUUCCAAAUUUUUAAAUUAUUAUUACUGUUAUUUAUUCAAGCAAAUUUAUUCCAUGUGAAGUUGAAUAUUGGGUAAAAUUGCUAAAUUUUAUGUAAUAUUCUAAGAUAUUCUAAAAUUUUGUAUAUUCAAAAUUUACACGUCAACAUUAUUAAUUUUCUAUUUAUUGCACCUUUUUUUAUACAUAUGUUAAAUGAAUUGUCGUAUCUAUUUUGUUUGUUUCUUUAACACAUUGUUACAUAUACAUUUACAUGUUCUGUAAAAAUCAUCAAAAUCCUAAAAGCGUUUUUGUAAUAUGUCGAAAAUAGGAUACAAAUUUCAUUAAAGUAUGUAUGUAUAUUAGAAAUAUAACUUUUUUAAUGACCAUGUAUAAUAAAAAAGUACAACAUC